UCGUAACUGUUUAGUUUUUAGACAGUAGACGAAUUUGUAUCAAGUAUGGCUGAAAAAUUUGAUAAUCUUGAAGAGCAUCUGGAGAAAUUUAUCGAAAAUAUUCGCCAGUUGGGUAUUAUCGUCAGCGAUUUCCAACCCAGCAGCCAAACGGUCCUCAAUCAAAAACUAAACUUCAUGAUUACUGGACUUCAGGACAUUGAGAAAUGUCGACAACAACUUCACGAUAUUAACGUACCCCUGGAGGCAUUUGAAUACAUUGACCAAGGUCGCAACCCCCAGCUCUACACUAAGGAGUGUUUGGAAAGGGCACUGGCCAAAAACGAGCAAGUGAAAGGAAAAAUCGACACCAUGACUAAAUUCAAAAGUCUCCUAAUUUCUGAGUUGAGUAAGGUUUUCCCUGAAGAAAUGGCCAAAUACAAGGCUAUUCGUGGAGAUGACCCACCAUCAUAGUAAAGUCACCCCUACAGCAUCACCCACAGUUGUGUACAUAUGUUUAUAUUUAUAAUGAACUUUUGUAAGAUUCACAUCAUUACUUUUCAAUUUUCAAUUUUCUAAAGCUUUUUUCAGCAUUUGUAUUUGCGAUUUCUAUUCCACUCAGAUUUCAUUGUGAGUGCUUUGUACAAAUUGUUGUUGGGACUCUUUGAAAACAAUCUAAGAAGUGUUGGAUGCCUCAUCAUGUA